AUGCCGACCCAUUCUCGGAAAUCAUCUGGAGGAGCCUCACAACACACCACGCAAAGGCGCAAUUCGACUUCCCAGCAGACGCCGCCCAAGCCGCCCAAGCAUCUGCGCAACAAUACCGCUCCCGAGCCGCCGACGCUCUUGCGCCUGCCAUCUGUGAGCUCGACCACCUCCGCCCGACGACCCCCAGCCUCGCAUAGUGGCCAUGGCAUAGAUAAUUCGCGCGGCCCUCCUGUCACCUUGGUUACACGCAGUCGAAGUUCGCAAAACCCCGCCGACUUUGCCUAUGCGCAGCAGCAACAAUUCAUCCACUCAGGCCUGGUUUCCCCCACUAGCUCCCACCACUCGAGCAGCAGACGACGCGGGGAGGACGAGCUGGGGACCUCUAGUGAAGCCCCGCGACCACCACCACAACAAACAAGCGCAGCAGACCCUGGCACUGGGAAUCUCCCCAGACCCCGCCCGCCCCGAAGAGCCUCUACCAGCAGUUCGAGGCCGCCCCCACCGCGACGCAUGGCCAGCUCAACCGACGAGUCGUCCGAAUACGACUCUGGCCCCCGCAGCCGAAUGGAAGACUACCACGCGGCGCAUAGCGGGAGAGGUGCGCCUGCGCCUGCCACUCCAGGAGCAGAUGGAGAGAAGGAGGACCUGUUUCUAAACAUUGCCGCAGACAGCGCGCCCAAGCCCCAGCGCCCAGCAGAGUCCGCAGCAGCGCGCGUCGAUCGAUUGAAGUCACGAGUGGCCCGAGUCAACAACCGGCAGUCGCUCCCCUCUGCGCUGCAGUCGCCCUCGCCCGUGCAGUCGACCUCAGUGACACCAACAACAACAACAAGCCGCAUACCCUCCGCUGUUGCCCUGGAAGCCAGGUCGAGCGGCAUACGUCGGUCAUCGCUUUUGCCUACUCCCUCCAGAUACGAGCGAUCCCCAAACUCGCCUGCGCCUGACGCAAUACGAACCCGGGAUCUCAACCACAAAGCCUCCUUCACCUCAUCACGAAGAGACGCAGAGCUCUCCCCACGCGACUUCCUAGCCCAGUUCUCAAACUCGUCCAGACGACCAUCUCAGCCUGAGGUGCAACACACGCCGCCAAGUCGCACCCCAGCAUACCCUUACAGGCCGUCAAACCUGUCACACGAGCCACGGACGCCCCAAGUGGAGACGUCGUUUGAGGCUGGUUCACGCGCCGAUGGUACCGAGUCGCAUGGCUCUACAGGGCCUGCUGCGUCUGUGUGGGACGAACUGGACGAGUUGAAAUCCAGGAUACGGAAGAUCGAGAUGGGCGGCAAGAUACCAUCGACAUCAGGCGCCAUCGUGAAUCAAGCUUCGGCUUCGGCUUCGGCCGAUCGUCCACGAACAGCCAAUACUUCAGCUACGACAGUGUCCUCUUCACCAAACCAGCAGCGCAAAUCGAACCCGUCACCCUCUGAGUCGACAGUGGGCAGUAAUACACCUAACAACAGCAAGACACACCCUCUGCUGCGGGACGCUCUCAGCAAAGCUAGGCAGCAUGUCUCUCCAGCUGUGUACCGCACACUGGAAUCAACCGCGACAGAAGCACUUGCGUUAGCGGAGAUGAGCGGCAGUGCGGGACCGCAGGGCACACUCCAUUCUGCUAGCUCCAUCAUCAACGGCUCUGUAGUGUCGGAUCGCCAGGUCCGUCGCAAAGCCGACAACCUCUGCCGUAGUCUUACAGAGCUCUGUAUAGCUCUAUGUGACACCAAAACUGGUCUUGCCAGUCCAGCCUUCCGAUCAAAUACAGCCACAAUAUCACGCAGGCCAAGCGUACAAUUCAAUGGCGAUUCGCCGACAAUCCGACAAAGCAUCGAACCCGAAAGCAACACAUUGACUGGCGUCAGCCCUAGCAGAGCCAUGUCACGCAUCGAGGCUCGAAGGACCAGUAUGCUUAUUCCUGAACCCAAUGGCAGCCAAAGAGGAAAUAGCCAAGAACCGUACGACGACAGACACACUCCGUCGCGCAUGCAGCGGGCAGGCACAAGCUUCCACCAGACACGCAACAGCGUGGAUGAGGAAGAUGAGGACCCAAUAUUUCGUGCGCCAUCCCGUGCAAUGACCUCCAUCGAUUUUAGAGCCCGUCAUGGUGGUCAGAGUCAAGCAGACAACAAAAAUCGAUUCAGCAGACAGUACACAUCUCGCGAGCCAAUGCCUGACCUACAACCUUCACCUGCGCUCCAAACUACCGCUAGUUUGCGUCGGCCUAGUGUCUCAAGUAGUACGCCCUCGAAUGAGCAUAGUCUACUAUUCCGGGACGGUCAGAGCCGCUACGGUCACAACUUAGGUCGUGAAGGCUCGCCAGCCAACUAUGAGAAGACCUUGACAGGGGGUUUACGACCACGAGCGCAAUUGAAUGUUGCCCGCAAUCCGAACAACAGACACUCAGUGGGCGGUGUGUCGGAUAUCGGGCGUAGCGUGAGCUUAGGCAGGCGACUGAGGGGAACAAGUAUCGGAGAGUGA